UCACACAGACACGCCAAGUGCAUUGUUUUGUUUUAUUUAUGUUUUAAAAUUGUGUUAUUUUUUAAUGUUCCGUAUCUAUUCUUUACGGUCAAUUUUAUUUUAGCCAAACUGUAGUUGAAUAUGAUUCAACUUAAUGCAUUGUUAUUCGUUAAUAAAUUGUUUUAUAUAGUUUGUAAUAAAUCAGUGAUAUUUGAGUCAGUUUUAAAAGAUUAGGCUAUUGUACCCUAUCUUGGACCAAGGUUUGAUGCAGAUUAAAUGUUAUUCUUGUUCUUAUCAAUUAAACUCAGUUACUGUAUUAAUAAUUUAAACAAAACCUGAAGUAAGGCAACUCUAAGUUUAUGCAAAUUAGCAAGUAUAUGAGAGGGCCGAGCAUAAACAAGGCCUGAUAGGUUACAACCAGGACCAACUGAUAUGAGUUAAAGCUUUUUUAAAGUCAUGGAAAACACCGAGGAAUCACAACUUGCUAGUUAUGAAAGUUGUAAGCUUUUGGCCUUAUCAACAUACCAGUCCGCAAGCGAGAGAUGUGAAAACCAGAAUAUUCUUACAACUAUCAAAAGAAAAUAUGAGGGUGUGAUAAAUUCCCCUAGAACUUUUGAGUAUAUCAAUGAUCUUCAUACUCUUUUGAAAGUUUUAGAAAAAAGGUGUGAGCUACAACCAACGGACAUUCAUGUCUUAGAAUAUAUUUAUAGUGUUCUUAACAUAAAGACACACAAUUUGGAUUAUCAUAAAACAAUACUUCAUGAUACAGGCAAGAGUACUCACAACGUCCAUUCCAGAGGAGAUGUCCCACUUCAGGCUACCAACAGUAACACAGUGCCUACAUUUCAUUACUCAAAUCCAAGACAAAGUUCCUCUGGUGUUAUUGGAAAUGGCAGCCUAGAUCAGCAAAGAUUAAACAAAAGAGGAGAUGUCCCACUUCAGGAUACCAACAGUAACACAGUGCCUACAUUUCAUUACUCCCCUCCAAGACAAAGUUCCUCUGGUGUUAUUGGAAAUGGCAGCCUAGAUCAGCAAAGAUUAAACACAAGAGAUGGUGAGAAGGUGUCCAGACCCCCAGUAAAGCCUCUAAACUUUCUUGAUCAUUUUGGUGAUGAAGAUCUGAUGGCCAUCUCUAUUCCUGACUUAUUUAAUGAGAUUGUUAACCAACUUUACAAAGGUUGGAUGUGUGAAACUGAUGGCAACAUGUCGAAAAGAAGAAAUUCCCUAUCUAGUGGAGACCAAAUGGAUAAAACACCAAUUAGGCCUAUUUUGCCUAUUGUUCAAAAAGGUGUUAUAUCUAUCACAUUGUUUGUAAUUAUAUUUUUAGUUGUGACCUUGGUAAUUUACAACAUCCAUGAAUUUUUUGUAAAUUUUAAUGUCACUUUUAUCAGUGGUGUACUGAUAUAUUGUGGAUUGUUCGCGAUUGCUGUUUUAUUCGACGGUAUGCUACUAACUUUCUAUGACAUUUUAUUGCUCAUCAAAACAAUUCAGUCUAAGGGUGUAAAAUGGUUCUUGCUAAACUGUCUUAAGAAAACUCCUCAUGUAAUUUUAUCCUGGUUUAAAAAUGACGAAAUUGUGGAAAAUCCACAAGUUCAUAAUUGGGAAAUUAUAGGACUAACAAUAUACCACUUUAUAUUAUGGUUAGGUAAGAAUCUUUACUACAAAGGGACUGCCGCAACUUUAAAGUACUGUAUUAUAAAGCUAAUUCGUCUUGCAAAUAAAGGAUAUAAGUAUUUUAUUGAAGUGGAGAUUCAUACUUCUUUAAGCGAUACAAGUAACAUUUACCAAUGUUUAAAAGAAAGGAACAUUGUAACUCAGUUAGCUAACAAAAUUUCAAUGUCUUCAAAAUAUUUAUUCAACUUGUUUUGUUAUUUAAAUUUGUUAUAUUUUUUUGCUAUUCCACUGUGCUCAAGUUUCCUUAGAGAAUUGUUUGUUACUGUCAUUGACUUUAUAUCUACUGUAUACCUGAUACUGUACCUCAGUACAUUAGAGACCCCCUCAUUAACAUAACGGGACCUGACCUAGGUCGGAUAACUCAAAAGUUUGGUUGAAACGAGUAAUCCCUAAAAACUAAAAAAAAUGAAAUGCUAUUCAUUUGGAAUUAUAUAACCAUUAUUCUGAAGUCUGGACCAUAGAAAAGUCACAAAUAAACUCAAAAACACGGUAAAGUAAAAUACUUUCAGUGGAAUAAAUUAUACUCAUA